AUGGGUCGCCGCUCUCGAUCCAACACCGUGGGCCACGGCUUCGGUAUCCUCGAAGACACCUCUGGUCCCGGCCAUUAUGCUUCUUCUGACGCGAACGGCCCUCACCCCUUCAACAACGUUCCUGCUCUCGAAGAUUGUGACACUAACAGUCGCCAAAGAACGCCGGAAUUCAUCGAUGCUUUAACCGACAAACUCAAGGAAUUACAUAUUUACAGUCCUAAGAAGAGCCGUGCCGACAGAUCAUUGCUGCAACCUGCGCGACGUCGCUCGACUCGAUCUUCCAUUGACACCAAGAUCUUCCCAACCCUUCAACACAUCAGGGAAGAAGUCGAAAUCUGUGACGGAAACUCGAGUGUGACUAGCCCUACGCAAGGACCAGUCCUUGCCAACUUGCCUCAAGAGACUGAACAAGACGAGGGUAUCCCAUCAUCAACUGAAACACGUGCUGCCGUACCUACUUCCCCUCGCCAGACGUCGGGUUCAUUUGAAGCCAACGGAUCCAACUUCUGUUCUGAAGAAGUCCAUCGCACGGCACAGGUCAGUAGACGAGGAGACGCCACGUACGAUUACGGCUGCAACGUCUUAGUCCACACCGACCGCACUGAGGAAAGUCUCUGCAGUCAGCGCAAACCGGCUAAUGCCUUCAAACUUCUAGCAACACCUCUGAUAUUUGACGAAGCAUCUCGGAGUGCGUCAUAUUCAUCUUCGAAAAACGACGACAACAUGGCUGUUGCCGAACCGCUUGUUCGCAUUGCCUCUCCAGCGCCUGCUGAGUACGAAAGCCCCAUGAAGAAGUCUGCCAUCAAUGUUUCCGUCGUUGAACAGACUCACCUCAAGGAGUCAUCUUUGGACUACGUGGAACACCCCAAAGACAGAGUAGUUUCCUUCUCAUCUACGGACGAGAGCAUGGCGCCAACGGAGGACGUUCCUCGCACUCCAUCUAGGUCGACCUCAACCAGCUCGCGAUCUCGAAUUGAGGACUCCGUAGAAGCCAUCGAUAAACUCGAGGAGGAAUUGGAGGCCAUUAACACACGCUUGGCGACACCAAGCAAGUCGCGACGGAUUCAAUCUCUGUCGGAUGAAACUACUACGACAGUUCCCAAAAAGGAAUCACUCAUCAAGCGGUCCGCCGCCACGUUGAACCGCACUCAAUCUGUUGGUGCCACAGCCAAAAGAUCGUCACAAAAGGGAUCCCCUGGGAAAGCACCUACUACAAGGCCUCCUGUGGCUCGUCCAACCAGCCUUCUACCGCCCAAACCGCCUGCUAAAUCCACGAGGGCUCCUACCAAGCCCUCUUUUGAGCUACCAGGUGAGGCCACCGCUCGCGAUAUCAAGGCGAGGCGCGACGCUCGCCUGGCUCAACAGGCCCAGGAGAAGGCCACUGCGGUAGUCCCUCAGCGAACCAGAUCUCUCAAGGCCCCAACUAGGCCUAACUUUGAGCUGCCUGGCGAGGCAAUCUCCAGGCGCAAGAGGGAGGAGCGAGAAGCUCGUCUCAAACAGCAAGAAGAGGAUGAGCGAAGGCGUCGCGAGUUCAAGGCGAGUCCUAUCAAGGCAAGGCUGGGAACGGCUGCUCAACCUCGAGAGACCGUGGCUAGUCGAGCUCGCCAGAACAAGGGGUCCGAGGCCAAUGACAUGGAAAGCCCGUCGAAGCGCUCAUCGAUCAUGGGCACUCCUCGUACGCUUGCGAAAACGACUUCAACAAGGUCGCCACAGACUCGUGGCAGAGGUACCUCACAGUCAGGUACAGAGGCCCAGCUUAGCCGUGCUACGUCUACAUCUACGGGUAGUAUGAGCGGCAAGCGAAGCGCGCUGUCUGUUGAGGAGAUUGAGCAGCAAAAGGUCAAGGGCCGCGAGGUCUUCCACCGCGACAACUCCUAUACCCAAGACAAGGAGCGGGAGCGCCGUGAACGUGAGUGGAACGCUAAGAUGGCCCGCGAGCAAGCUGCGGAACGCUCUAGGCAAGCGAGCCGAGAGUGGCGCGAAAAGCAACAACGCAGCAAGCUCGCUAUUCUGGCUGCCGCGGCAGGCCAGACAGUGUGA